AUCUAUCAAACAUUUUUGAUAUUAUAUCCAAUUUUCAGUUUUUAAAUUGUUUAUUAAUCUUUUAAAUUUCUAUCAUUUACUUAAGGAAGACAGCGGACAAAUACUUUUGAGCGGUAAUGUAGGAUACAUUAAUAAUAUACACACAUAUGUAUACACACAUAUGUAUCCACGCAUUAAUGUAUUUUGAAUGUGUUGUAGGAUCUGAUUUUGAACGAUAUGUCAUUCAAAAAUUCCAGCACCUGGAAAUGAAAAUCAGUAACGUCGCAAAACGAUUAAAACAAAUCUUAGACAAGAUAUCUAAUACGAUACAGCCAGAUAAAGAACAGGAAAAGAUAAACAUUUUUCAAGAUCUACCUUUAAAAAAUGAAAAUGAAUUACAAGCCAUAGAAAUAAAACUUGGCAAUGAUGCAUUUUAUGGAGGAGUCGUGGUUAGGUUUGGUCAAUCAGAAGGCCCCCUUUUAACAAUAAUAAAACGUAUCGGAUAUGUGGUUAUGACUUCCUCGGCAGCCUCAGCCUCGGAAGAAGGUCGUCUUAGUGGCGUCUGCCGUAAGCCUCACUCGGAAGAUGGUUCCUUCUGGUUGUGUCUGCCGUCGGCCCCUCUCGGAAGAUGGUUCGUACCGGUUGCGUCUGUCGUCAGCCUCUCUGCCUUCAAGAAACAAUUAGCGCGUUUAACAGGGCAAGAUUAUAAACAUUCGUGUUUAUCUUUAAUGAGACAAAUAAUCUCAAAUGAAGUUGCGGUGCUGUUCAGCUGGCAUGGUGCAAAAAAAAGAGCAAUUUUUCUCAAUUAAACUUGUGCCAAGUAAUUCAAAAUAAGUAAAAAAGUUUUCCUUAUUAAUGUUCUAAAAUACUAAGAUUUUUUCCAAUUUUGAAAGAAAUGUUUGUAAAUUUUGUAUUUAUUUAUUUAUUACUUAUUUAUUUAUUAAAUUUA